UUCUACAACUAAAUACAAAUAAUGGGGAGGGCCGAGAGGGACACCUACACCCGUGAAACAAGUGCGGCGGUCUAAUAACAAGACUGACUCUGACUGAGUACCUCGCCAGUGAAAACAGAGCUUGUACACUAUUGUUGUUGUUAUCACUCUAAUCAAAAUCAUCAGUUAAUAAUAAUAAUACAAUGAAACCAAUGGAGAGCAGCGAAGAGGAGGAAGAAGAAGAGGAGUUUCCAUCUAUUGAAUCUGUGACCCCUCAAUCUAAGAUCAACACUGUCUUUCAAUCCAAAACCGAAAAGGGCAUUAGAAAGCUAUGUUUUGAGCUUCUUGAUUUGAAGGAUGCUGUUGAGAAUUUAUGUGGCAACACUCAAUCCAAGUACUUUGCUUUUCUUAGGUUAUCCGAAGAAGUUGUUGAAAUGGAGCAUGAGCUGAAUGAGCUACGAAAGAAUAUCUCUGCACAAGGAAUUCUUGUACAAGACUUAUUGAGUGGUGUCUAUCAUGAAUUGGGAGAGUGGAGUCGAGCCAACCCAGACCUCCUGAAUGGUGAAGAGCUUCAUAAAGACGAUGAAAACAACAGUUUGUUUUCAAACGAAGCAGAAGAUGAGAAGAGAUUAUGUCUGGAAAUUAUAGAUGCUCUUCUGGCUGAGCAUAAAGUUGAACAAGCAAUACAGGUUAUAGAUGCAGAAGAAAGAAAACAUCCAGAACUUAAGAGUUCAUCAGAUACUUUAACAAAUGAAUUGUCAUCAUACAAAUCUGCUUUCCAGAAACGAAAGUUACUGCUUGAGGAUCAACUGAUUAAGAUGACAGAACAGACAUUAGUUGAUGCUGCUGAUCUGAAAAUGGCUAUUUCUGGUUUAUUGAACCUUGGGAAAGGUUCUCUGGCACAUCAGCUUCUACUGAAAGCAAAGGGAGCACGCCUUAAGAAAAGUAUUGAUGUCUUUCUUCCAUCAUGUCCUUGUUACCCAGAAACAUUUGCUGCUACUUUGUCAAACCUUGUAUUUUCUACAAUCUCAUCAACAACAAAGGAGAUGAGUUUGAUGUUUGGAGAUGAUUUGGUUUACAUCAACAGAGCUGUUCAAUGGGCAGAACGGCAGAUUGAACUAUUUGUGCGCUUGGUCAAAGAGAAUGCGCCCUCUUCUGAGACUGUUUCAGCCUUACGUGCUGCAAGUGUUUGUGUUCAGGCCAGUCUUAAUCACUGUUCUGCAUUAGAAUCGCAGGGAUUGAAGCUUUCCAAAGUGCUCUUGGUACUUUUGCAGCCAUACAUUGAAGAAGUUCUAGAAUUGAAUUUCAGAAGAGCUAGAAAACUAGUUUUUGAUUUUUCUGGAAAUGAUGAAGUUUUACCAUUGUCACCCCGUCUUGCAUCGCCGUUGUCUACCUUUUCUAUAUCUUCUGAUGGCCUUCUUGUUGAUAGCGGCACGAGGUUCAUUUUCAUGCUUAAAGAUAUAGUGGAGCAACUAACGAACCUAGUCAUAUUGUACUUUGGAGGAAAUGUGUUACCUAGAAUUUUACAACUAUUUGAUCAAUACAUAGACGAACUGAUAAAAGCUUUACCUGAGCCAACUGAAGAUGAUAGUUUGGUGGAAUUGAAGGAAGCGGUACCAUUUAGAGCUGAGACAGAUUCCCAACAACUUGCCUUGUUGGGGACUGCAUUUACGAUUGCAGAGGAGCUAUUACCGAUGGUUAUGUCCAAAAUCUGGAGUGUUAUAAAUGAAAGCAAGGAAACAGGAAAUGAAGUUACUGAUAAUAUCGCUCCUCUAAUGAACAAUCUGAUAGAUUAUAAGGAUUGGAGGAAACAGCUUCAGCAUUCAUUGGAUAAACUUAGAGAUCAUUUCUGUAGACAAUAUGUUCUAAAUUUCAUAUACUCAAGAGAUGGCAAAACACGACCUGAUGCACACAUUUAUUUAUGUGGCGAGGGCGAUGAUCUCAAUUGGAAUUCCGAUCCGUUGCCUUCAUUGCCUUUUCAGGCAUUAUUUGGGAAGCUGCAGCAGUUAGCAACGGUUGCUGGGGAUGUAUUACUUGGGAAAGAAAAGAUACAGAAAGUGUUACUUGCUAGGCUAACCGAGACUGUGGUGAUGUGGUUGAUGUCUAAUGAAGAGGAUUUUUGGGGUGUUUUAGAGAGUGAAGCAUCAAAACUUCAGCCGCAAGGGUUGCAACAGUUAAUUCUUGAUAUGCACUUCACUGUUGAAAUUGCACGCUUUGCUGGUUACCCUUCCAGAAAUGUGCAGCAGAUGGCAUCAUCCAUAAUUGCUCGUGCUAUCAGAACAUUCUCAGGCAGAGGUUUAAACGAACAAAGUGUACUUCCCGAGGAUGAAUGGUUUGUUGAAACCGCGAAAGCCGCAAUAAACAAGCUCCUAUUGGGAGUUGAUGGGUCAGAUACUUCUGAAAUUGAUGAAGACCAUAUAAUUUUACAUCAUGAUGAUGAUGAAUUACAUGAUGAAGUGAUCUCAGAUUCUGAUGAAUCCCCAUCUUCUCUUUCAACAAUUACGACAUCAGAGUCAUUUGCUUCUGCAGAAAGUCAAAUGUUGGAUAGUAUGUCAGAUUUUACAGAUCCUGAGUCAUGACGUUACACAUCUUAAGGAUGACCAACCGGAUUUAUUUUCUAUGUUGUUAGUGAUGUUAGCUUUUGUUAGAUCUGAAGUAGAUCGCAUGUAAUAUCUAUUAAAAAGACUUAUUCUGUAGUCUUAUGAAAAAGUUAUGCAAAAGCAAGUUGUCGUCCUCUUUCCUAUAA